CUCGACGAGCCAGAAGCAUUUUGUUUCAAUGUAUUUUUUUUUUAAACAGAGCCGGAGCUCCGGCGAGAGGAGGCUGCAUGCUUUAAAAUGUGAAGCCGUCUUUUGUUGGCCGGGCUUUAGCCGCCGCAGAAAAUGAAGCUUGCAUUUUCUGUGCUUUUUUUUCUCUUUUCUUCUUUUUUUUUUUUUUUUUUAAACCGUGCCUGCGUCCAUGCAGGCACGGUUUUAGCCUGCAACUCCCACCGAGCACACACCAGCCAUUGUGUGUGUCGGUGGAUAUCUCUCCACGACCCCGGUCUGAAAAGCUAAGCAAACAUGAGCGACAAGGGGACAGUCUCGCCGAAAGAGAAGGAGGCUACAGAGAAGAGGGGGCGUGGAAGACCCCGCAAGCAGCCCCAAGUAAAAACCUCUGACGAACCCAGUGGGUCCCCUACUCCAAAGAGGCCCAGAGGACGACCGAAGGGCAGCAAAAACAAGACAGCCGGCAAGGGCAAAGCAAAAGCAGCCCCAUCUGCAGGAGGAAAACGCAGGGGAAGACCUAAGAAGGAGGAGAAGGAAGAAAAGGCAUCGCAGGAAUCAUCUGAGGAGGAGGAAGAGGAAGAAGAAGAGGACCAGUAAUCCAUAACGCAUGCUACCUCACUCAACAUACUGACUUACUGUUAACCAGAACUGGGCUGUAACUCCAACACCAGUGCCACCACAUGACCACUGUUCACGACAAAGCCCUCUUGCCAAAGGAGGGUCAACACAGUACAUAUAUCAUGCAACAGCACUGGAUAGAACGAUGGACCUUGCUCAAGCAUAGAUCUAAGAAUUACAUGAAAGGUAACAGCCCUUUUCUCUACAGGUCAUGUUAUCACAAGUCUUUUAUACUGGACAAAAGUGCGCUCUUAGGAGCCCGGAUGUUUCUGUUUUUCCCCUAAAGAUGGUUUGUAGGACAUUUCCUCUGCUUAAUGUUACUUAUUUGUUGUACCCGCAUCUGAGAUGGUAGGGCAUAUAGAUUUUUCUCCAUGUUUUGUACUGGACAAAGGUGAAUUUUACCUAUACUUGCUGUUUUUUUUUGUUUUUGUGUGUUCGUGUGAAGUGGUUAACCUAUCCUUUGCAUCGUAUUAUAGAUGGAGUUGAGCUUCAAAGCGUUUAGGAUGAGAAUAGGUAACUGAUGGUAGAUGUGUUCUUUUCAUGUCCAAUCUGCGCAACUGAUCCCCCCCCCUCCCUCCAACCCUCUCUCUCUCUCUCUCUCUUCUCACCAGUAGAGCAGAAUCACCUUUACCACCUUCACCCUCUCCUGUAGGACGUCUAGAUUUAGUUAUGCCUCUCAAAACUUCCUUCUCAGUCCUUGGCGUGUAGUGGGGAGAUGUAAAGUAUAUCGUUAGUAAUCAGACUUACUGUUUUAGUUCCUUUUUUUUUUUUUUUUUUUUUUUUUUUUUUUGGGUUACAUACCAUUUAAGAAAACAUGAGUGUGCUGCUUUUCAUUUUAUAAUAAAACUCAAAUCUUAUGGUAAUGUGUGUUUUUAAGGAUAGGGUCGGCAGACUUCUAGGCGGAGAGCAUCAGUGUCGUUUCUUCAGGGAGCUUUUACAAAUGCUGUUACAUUUGGCGUCUUUGUCUUCACAUGGUCCUCAGUUUCCAAGCGCUCACUCAAUCACUCAUAAGGCAAACUGCAAUUGGUCAAACAAGGAGUUUGAUUGUAAAAUGAGGAUAGUUGGUGGCACUACUAUCCAACAGGUCUGUACUUUUUUUUUUUUUUUUUUUUUUUUCCUCAUUCCAUCUAGCGCUCUCUGCUUCACCUAGCUUGGUCCUCCUGUCAUCACUUGGUACAGUAAUAUACUUUCUUGGUCUUUUUUGACGAUGUGUUGUAUGCUGUCUGAUACAGGAAAAAAAAGAUGUUUGUUUGUGUAUUUCUAAGUGUCAGGGAACCCUCGGUCACAGUCCACUUAACUGGGUUUUUCCACACACCUAAGCUGCUACAACCUCAGUUACGAAACCCGGAAAACUGCAAACAGGCAAUACAAGGCCUGGAAUUUCAUACCUCACUCAACAGCUUACUUUACCAUAUAAUUGCAUUUUAACUGGUUUUCUGUUGUUUGUAAAUGUAACCUCUGGCAUGAGUUGGAAAGAUGUCAUUAUUACAAAGUUUUUUUUUUUUUUUUUUUUUUUUUUUUUUUUUUUUUUUUAAACCUGACUGUAAUGAGGUAUCUAAGAUGUCAAGUUUGUGAUUGUGUGCAUACGCAACACAGCUCGGCUCGUUCAUAACCAGAGCUUGCAGACAGGUUGUGUUAAAUGUGUGAAGCAAGUCAGGGAGACCUGUCAGCUUGACGACUGUGUUCGCUGACUGUGGUAGAUUAGCAGGUGUGUUCCUUUUUAAAAAGAAUUCUUCUGGUGCACUGAAAUGUUGGUUCAGAUUUUCAUGGACAAAUGUUUGUGUGUUUGUGACAGACUGGGCGCUCUUUCCACUUAACUGUUCUGUUGGCCGCCAUGUGUUCGGCACUACUGCACACGGCCACCCUCGCCAUAACUCAUACAACGGUCAUUUCAUGUCUAUUUUCAAAAUCCUCGGACUACUCUUGACAAUAUCACUUUCAUUUUACAUACCAACAUCUGCAUCCGUUCAUUUAUAUACUGUAAACUCAUUAGGAUGGGAUCAUUCUUUUUAAUGUACACCGUAUAUAAAUGUACAAUGUCUAUAUUUCUAUGGUGCCCUACAACAAUUUGUAUCAGAAAUGGUCAAUAAAGAGAAUUUUCUUUGUCA